AUGGUGAGCAGAGACCCCUGCCAGAGCUUCACGUGCCUCAACGGCGGCUCCUGUACGGCUCCGGCUGAUGCCCCAAGCUGUAUCUGCAAGCCCGGCUUCUUUGGUAGCAAAUGUGAAUACAACCGUGAUCCUUGCUACAACUUCAACUGCACCAACGGAGGGCACUGCACCGCCCCAGCCGACGCCCCUUACUGCGUGUGUCCAUCCGGGUACACUGGCACCAAAUGUCAAACCAAAACAUCCACUUCUACUGGCGGAUGUCCAGUGAUUGAGCCAGGGUCUUUUGGUGUGUGUGGUGGUCAGUUCUGCUCAGCUGACAGUGAAUGUCCAUCUGGUCAGAUCUGCUGUGCUAGUGCAUGUGGUGGUAAGCUGUGUACACCUGGUACACCCAGCAAUGGCGCCGUGUGUCCGGGAGGCUGUCCUAAAGGCUACACCUGUGAAUUUAAAUCACCCCCAUGUAAACCUGGAUUUGCUUGUAUACAGAUAGUGGUUCCCACCUGUGUACCUCCUAAGGAUGAGUGUGGUGGCUGUCCAGACGGUCAAGAAUGUGUGGACACUGGAAUCAGAUGUUUCACCACACCUUGCCCCACCUACCAGUGCCGACCUAAAAAGGUUGUAGAUCAGUGUGGCGGCUGUGCUGCUGGUGAAGAGUGUGUCGACACAGGAAUCCGAUGCAUCACCACCCCCUGCCCAACUUACCAAUGCGUGAGAAAAACCACCCCCAAACCAACACCUGUUUGCAACAAGAACUGCAUUAAAGGAUACAAAUGCGUCGUCCGGGUUCCAACAUGCGACCCCUUCAGCUCUGCUAAAUGUAGCACGACCCCUGUAGCCCAGUGUGUCCCUGACACCCCCGUGCUAGCCAGCUGCCCAAAGCCUGCCAACAUCCUUGACCCCAUGUCUCGCGCGUGUCGCAGAUUUGUGCUCACGUGUCGCAGAGAUUCUGACUGCAACAGGAACCAGAGAUGCUGCCCUAAUAGUUGCAACAAACGUGUCUGUACAACUGUACCUAGGCUACAAUAAGUAGCGCUGUACCACUGUACAUCGGCUUGUAUAAUUAACGCUCUACACACUUUUUCAUUACCCAAACGAUAAACAAAUUAUGCAAGGAAGACUUUACACUCCUGGUGUUGUACUGUGUCUAAAAAUCCACAGCUUUAAAGCUGUCCUGUUUUCUAAAUGAUUUUCUUAUAUUGUUACGGUUAAAUUGUUUACUUGUAGGUAAUAAAUCCAGAUUG